AUUUUGGAGCCACUUAACACAGGGUUGGAACACAGUUAUCUUUUUUUUUACUCAAGAGACUGACAAAUAUAAUUUUUUUCAUGUAAUAUUGACACAUUGAACAUAGAUGCAUCAGAAGAACCCUUAGUUGUUUCAGGUUGUCCUGUUGUUUAUUUUUCUUACUCUGUGCUUGCUCCACAGGUUCAAGAACAAUAUGCUGGACUCUGAUUGGAUAGCAGAUUUUUUGAAACUGUUAAACAGCAGUCAGAGAGGAGUCAGUGUCAGUAUUGAGGAAUAUUGGAUCAGAUCUGAGGAUGCUGUUGGUUUGCUGUGUCUCUGUCUGGAGCUCAGCAGCAACACACACACUAUCAGGAUUAACAACACUACGCUACACCUGUCUUUGAUGAAAUCCACUGAACUCAGUGAGGACUCUGCAGAUCUGAAUCCAUCCAUGGCCACAAAGACAAUAAGCCUCGUGGGACUGUGCAGUGGAGGGGCACCACCUUGCAUCUAUGGAGAGUGUAAUCACCAAGUGUUCUUCACUGACAGAGCUGGAUUUGUCCCACAACAGCCUGGGUGCAGAGGGGGCUGAGUUUCUCUGUUCUGUCCUGCCCUUGCUGCCAAAUCUCACUUCUCUCAGUAUUGGUUCCAAAGAGACUUGUGUGACUGUGGUUGAGAAGCUGUCAGAGGCCUUGCUGCAGGCUAAAGCCAUUCAGUGUUUAAAUCUAUCAGGUCAUGUGAUAAGUGACUCAGCAGCCCAUGUUAUGACCAGAAUCUUGCCCACUUUGAGAUCACUCAACCUCUCUCACUGUGAGUGGUCGGCGGCAGGAGGGCUGCAGCUCCUCGAAGCACUGGGAGAGAGUGUCCGCCUGGAAGGCCUUUGUCUGGACUCCGUGCAGCUGAAUGAGGAAAGCCGAGUGUGUCUGGCAGACGCACUGAGGAAUAUCAAGUCCAUCCGAAGUCUCAAGUAAAAAACACGAUAGAACUCCUGACCUUUUCAAAUCAUUAAGAAGACUAAUCCAAAACUGCGCGGCCUGUGUAUAGCUAUUCAUUAUGUAGGUUUAAGUAUUUCAUUACACAGUCAAGCCCACCAAGCUAUUCCAAGCAGACGUCUUUAUGUGCUGCUAAAGUCACACUCAAGUACUUUCUUACACAUAUCAGGUACCCUUCUUAUAAUCCGGUCUAUUUAAGAUCUGCUCUCACAUUGCAGUUGCUGUUGCUGCAGUUGCUGUUGCUGCACUUUAAAUAA